UGAGGAUGAACUUCAGAAAUUUCUCCGACCUGGUGAUGAUGAAGUCCUCAAAAUGCUCAAACGAAAGUUCAAUGCCACUUGUAAAGAGUUUCGCUCUUCGGAACGGUGCUCUUCAGGGCUUCGAACUUGUAUAGAACGCAUUACAAAACAACCCCAUCGUCUAUAUACCAUUUUGAACGAUUUAAAAUUGCUUUUUAAACGCGAAGCGAAGAGCGCAAACCAUAAAAUAGCCAACGAAUCCGAAGAGCUUGUUGUUCACAAAGACCAGUCGCCCCUUGAUCAGAUGUUCACAAACGAGAAUCAUGUACAUACAGAUGAAACAGUCAGAUCACAAACUUCAGAACCGGUCACUCUUGAUUUGGACUCCUCGAAUAAGAUUGAUGACAACGAUUCAGACAUAAUUGUACUGACGUCACCGGAUCCGGUAGAUACCGCUGAGCGCCCCAAAUCCCCGUCACCCUCAUCUCCACUCCCUUCAACGAGUUAUGCACAAAACUGCCAUCGACAGUUGCCGCCAGGAAACGCACGCGUAAAAAGCAUAAUGGAUCGCAAACACGCCUUAGUUUUACGAUUGGAACAGUUACUUGCCCGUAUAGCAAAGUCAAUCAAGGACCUAGAAGAACGAGAACUCGAUUUAAAUGAUCUGGAAUCGUCGGAAUCACCUUACGUUCAGUUAGACGUGCUCAAACGGAGAUAUCUGGAUGUUUGGCGUCGGCUUUGUGAAGCACGAAAAGUGGCGCGUUCCUCUGGCCGUAUAUUACGUCGUCGUUUUGUCUACACAGGUUGCCGAUACCCGAGCGUGAACACCAUGGUCGAACAACUAGUCAAUGAGAAGAAACGCUUUCCGGACAUGACAGACAUUCGAAGAAUAGUGGCUCAUGUGAAUAAGCACGAGGAACUUCAGCUCAGGUAA